CCUCGGUAGACCCUGCAUAACCCUCGUUUUCCUUUACUCUGUCCCUCUCUGCCACCAUGCCCUCCAUUACCCUCAGCCUGAGAACAGCAGCUCACUUGGCUAGAAAUGGCGCAAAGCCUCACAACCUACUCCGCACUUUCGCGUCCUCGGCCAGGAGAUCGGAAAUCAACAAGGUCUACUCAUCAGCUGAGGAAGCCAUCAACGAUGUCAAAGGCAACAGCACAUUGCUCUGUGGUGGCUUUGGCCUAUGUGGUGUCCCGGAUACUUUGAUCAAUGCCGUAAAGAGCAAGCCCGAAAUCAAAGGACUCACCGCCGUCUCAAACAAUGCUGGCAUCGUUGGAUCUGGUCUGGGUCUACUUCUGGAAUCCAAGCAGGUCAAGAAGAUGAUUGCCAGUUAUGUUGGAGAGAACAAGGUCUUUGAGAAGAUGUACCUCACUGGCGAGAUCGAGCUCGAACUUACUCCCCAAGGAACACUCGCCGAGAGAUGCAGAGCAGGCGGUGCUGGCAUCCCUGCCUUCUUCACACCAGCAGCUUUUGGAACCUUUGUUCAGACCGGAGAGCUUCCUACGAUACACAACAGCGAUGGAUCCAUCGCCAAGUACUCGACUCCCAGAGACGUCAAGGUGUUUGACGGAAAGAGCUAUGUGAUGGAAGAGGCAAUCAAGGGCGACUACGCUUUCAUCAAGGCAUGGAAGGCAGACAAACUUGGCAAUUUGAUGUUCCGAUUCGCAGCACAAAACUUCAACGGCGCCAUGGCUCGCAAUGCCAAAGUCACCAUUGUUGAGGCCGAGCAUAUUGUCGAGGUCGGCGAGAUCGACCCGGCUGCAGUCCACGUACCCGGUAUCUACGUCGACCGUGUCAUUCAAAGCACAGAACCCAAAAACAUUGAGAAGGUGGUCAACGCGAAGGACCCUGCUGAGGCCCUCAACUCACUCGGCAGUGGUGAUGCUGCCAGCAAGCGCGAACGCAUUGUGCGACGAGCAGCCAAGGAGUUCAAGAAUGGCAUGUACGCCAACCUGGGCAUCGGUAUGCCUAUGAUGGCACCAGCCUUCGUCGACGAUAGCGUUGAGAUCCAACUUCAAUCGGAAAACGGCAUUCUAGGUCUAGGAGCAUAUCCUCAGAAGGGUCAAGAAGAUCCAGACCUCAUCAACGCUGGCAAGGAGACCGUCACAUUACGCCCUGGUGCCUCAGUGUUUGGCUCAGACGAGUCUUUCGCUAUGAUUCGUGCUGGCAGAAUCCACAUGACCAUGCUGGGUGCCAUGCAGGUAUCAGCAAGAGGUGAUCUUGCCAAUUACGCGAUCCCUGGUGUAAAGAUCAAGGGGAUGGGUGGUGCCAUGGACUUGGUAUCCAACCCUGAAAAGACGAGGGUGGUUGUGACGAUGGAGCACACUGACAAGAAAGGCGGUCCGAAAAUCAUGAAGAUGUGCGAAUUCCCAUUGACCGGCAAGGCUUGUGUUUCAAGAAUCAUCACCGAGCUUGCUGUGUUCGAUGUUGACUUCACCACUGGAUUGACGUUGAUCGAGCAUGCUGAGGGUGUCACUGUUGAGGAGAUCAAGUCGAAGACUGAAGCGCCUUUCAAGGUAUCUGAGUCAUUGCAGGUCAUGCAGCAGUAGUAUGACAUAGAUAAUCACGACCCAAAAGAAGAAACAUCAGGACAUCACUGAUGCUCAAUCCCUUGUGCCACA